AUGCUAGCAUACGAUGCUCUUGCAGACUCUCUGGAUGAGUGCCUCCGGCUAGUGGAGAGCACCAUCAUUGAGAGCAUGAGCCAGUUUGUUCGUGCUGUCGUCGAGGUGUUCAGCAAUGAGUACCUCCGUGCUCUGAACGAGGAGGACAUUGCUCGCUUGCUUGCUAUCAACGAGCGAAGAGGGUUCCCCGGGAUGCUGGGAAGCAUUGACUGCAUGCAUUGGAGGUGGAAGAACUGUUCUCUAAACAACAUCAACGUGCUGCACCGAUCACAUCUCCUUGACAAUCUUGCCGCUAGCGAGGCACCAAAGGUACAAUACUCCAUUAAUGGACAGUACUACCUUACAGACGGCAUCUAUCCGGAGUGGGCUACGUUCGUGAAGCCCAUACAAUCUACAGUCGGGAGGAAGCAGCAACACUUCGUGGUUCAAAAGGCGGCAGCAUGA